GCUCUGACCGUCAACGGCCACCGGCAGCCAGUCUCGAUUUCAAUUUAUGCAACGUUGUCUCGAAGGUUCAACCAAUGCAUAUCCCGAGUCCGUGACUGCCUUCAUCUAAUAUAGCCUCAUCAAGCACAAAUCCCACCAAUACUGGAUUUCGCCUUGGGGAACUAUCGGUCGCUCCUACUCUUUCUCUUCUACCACCACCAUCUCGUUACCUCCUGCUGCAUAUACGCCGUCGUCACCGUCAUUUUACGCUGUGGAAUGUUACAUCUUGCUUGCGAUUCAAUCCUUUCCCUUGUGUCCUUCACUUUCACCACCGAGGUGGAUCGCAAACAUUUACAGGCGUGAUGCUGUGGACUGCAACUGGCGCGCAAGGUGGAUAUAUGCGCUAUGUUUCGACUUCAGCAACAUCAGUUUAUGUUUACGUCGUCAUGUUUGGUGGCCAGCAGGGUCUUUGGGCACUGAAUGCAUGUGUUAUCGCAUUAUUACUUACUUGUGGAUGCUCACAACGAGGUAGUGAUUUCGUCCGCCGUCUCAGUAUCAUCUUGAAUGGAUUGGCCAUGGUCCUGUGUUUCGUUUUAUCCGGUCUGUUUCGUAAUUUUCGUAAGGAUUCUACCAUCUUGUCCAUUAUCACAGCGUUGAUAUUAUAUAACGCUUAGGACCUUUUGUAUUCAAAUGGUAUUGGUAUUGGUACCGGCACAAGGUAUAGCAUUGGAGACUUACAACCAGAAAUUCUUCCAAUGAGCUGCAAGAUAAAGCCGUAGAUUGGGAUGGUUGGUAUAUUCUUCAGCCGGGUUACGAUGAAUAUGUAUACUAUAGUGAACGGCAAUAAAAUCAAGCUCAAUCAAGCCUAUUGAAUCUUCUGGGAACUUGACGUGAUUGACUGAUGUAGGUCGAAACAGCUCGAUCUGAGCUGGAAAAGGGUUCACAUUUCGAAGCCAUGGCGAGUGGG